UCCAGUGAAAGAUGAUUACAGAAACACCAAACCCGUGGCCUUACAGUAGCUCGGUUGGUACACCCAUGAAGUGUUGAAAGACAGACCGAACUGCGAAUGCAGAUGCAAAGAUGAUUACAAAGAUUAUAAUCGGCACAUGAGAAAGGCGCAGAAGGCCGCCUGGAAAGCCACGUGGAAAGAUGCUUACGGUCUAAUUAAGAAUGUGACUAUAAAGAGGAAGAACAGGCCGAGGGACAUUCUUACACGCCGAUCCACGAAGCGAGAGCGAGCGAGCGAGCGAGCGAGCGAGCGAGAGAGAGAGAGAGAGAGAGAGAGAGAGAGAGAGAGAGCUUUCUUUUUGGGUUUCGUCCUAUCGUUGUCUUUCAUCUCCAUACGAGGAUAUACUACACAGAGAGAGAGAGAGAGAGAGAGAGAGAGAGAGAGAGAGAGAGAGAGAGAGAGAGAGAGGCAGGCAUGGAUGCGACGGCGGCGGUAUUGGGAGGACAUCUCUCUCUCCCUCUCCCACCGUGCGCUAGCCCAUCUAACAUACUUAGCCAUUCUCAACGACAGCCGAUCAAUGGCAAUAAUGGAGGAGGGAGGUGUGGAGGAGGAAGGAGAAGUAGGCGCUUGGUUGCUGAACGGACCUCGGUCGGUUCCGUUUGUAAACUUCGAUCGGUGCCGUUUGAUACCGUUAGCGUGCACGUGUCACAAACGGCACCAAUCACAUUUCCGAGACAGCGAACUUGUGAUUGCCAGCAUCCGGUUGUCGGAGUGCAGGAGGGUAUGGUGGUGGAGAUGUGUACACGUGGCAAGCUGAGGAGACGCACACGUGUCACAUCCGCUGCUGGUUAUCCUCCUCUUCCUCCUCCUCCUCGUCCUCCUCUUGAUAUGCCUUGGGCGGCGCACAGGCGUUCAUCAUCGAGAAGCUCUUUUGGAAGUCCCGGCUAUGUCGGCGACGAAUUGCUGCCGCAGGGAGCUGGAGCAUUGCAGCAGGAGGGAGUGCAGAGAUCGUCUUUCCUAGCUAUGGUGGACAGCAGGAAGAUGAGGAGGAGGACGAGGAGAGGGAUGAACAGGAUGGAGGCGAAGAUGGGAAGGAGGCCUGAGCCGCUGCCUCGUGUCGUGUCCAAGCUUGGUGGAUAUGGCGGAAGGAAUGGAGGAGUUGUGUGCGCUUCAAGAAAAGAGGGAGGAGGGGAAGGGAGAGAAUCACACAUGGAGGAGGAGAAGAGGAGGAGGAGGAGGGGGAGUGGCAGGGGGAGUAGGAGUAGGGAGAGUCUUAGCAGAUUGGCGGCUAUGGUUGAUGGCGGCGACUGGGUUCUUGUCAGUCAAGAGGAACAAGAGAUUUCCGAAAGGGAGAAGCAGAGAGAUGGUAGAGAGAAAGAAGCGGAGAGAGGAGAGAGCGACACGAGAUCCCAGGGGGAAGCCGUGACCAGUGGCAGAGAAGGACCCGUGGAAGCUCUUCCCGAAGAGGAGCUAUGGUGGCAAUGGAAGCCUAUCCCAGAGAAUCAGAGGAGACCAAGUGAAUGGAACCAGCGAGUCGGGGAUGUAGAUACGAUGAUGGCUGCAGCUAUGGCAGAGACAGGGCAAAUCAAGCUAGGAGGGAAGUACCCGACCUACACAGAGGCGGCACGUGCAAGGGCGAAGAAGACGACUCUCAAACAGGCAAGGCUCAUUAAGGAGGAAGCCGACAGAGAGAGGAAGGGCAUGAUUGCCUAUUACAAGGAAUGGGCGCGGAGAUAUAAUCCUCCACCGGAAGAAGUCGAGCAGAAGUCCGAGGUCGAUCAGCUAUUCGAUUUGCUGUCUGCGCAAACGCGACGUGAAUAUCUGCAAUUUAGAGACCUGGAUCUUCGACUUGAGAAAGACCCCCUCAUCUGGCGGUUGCGCCCCGAUCAGGUCGAACAAGUGUGGGGAGGAGAUCCCGUAUACCCAACCAAGAACUACGAGCAAGAUCCCAAUGCCAUUAUGGACUUCACGAGUCACAAGUAUCACGAGCCGACUCCAGAGCUCGUUGAUCUCUUUAAAGAGAGUGGGAGAAUGCUGACAAGGGAGCAGAUGGAGGAGGAGAAGAAGAGAUGGAUUGCCAAAUCUAAACCGGGAAUUGAUGAGGACAACAGGCUGAAGGAUGACGAUCAGGAGGUACUAGAUGCUGUUGAUAUCGGCGAUGAGGAGGAUGAGUGCACUUAACUGUGAAGCGUUGGAACGCAUCUUAGGGAGGUAAUGUUGAGUCUAGUCCCUGGGGAAAACCAUGUCUUGGUGUG